UGAGAACAGUUUUUAAGGACAGGAGUAGGAAAGUUUUGAAAAGGAUCACAGCUACACAGUACACCUGUUGGAAGCUUACAAAUUUAUAUGGAGAGUUAAGGGAAAGUUGGAAUGACCACUCCUGUGUUUGUUAAAUUAAAUUUUACUGAAGCUGGUUAUUUUUUCUCUGUAAGCUGGGAUUUCAACCUUGCACUUGAGGUCUCGGUACCUGGAAACAGACAUGGAGUGGAAAAUACUUCCCAUGUACUUGCUGCUGCUUUCUGUUUUCUUGAUUCAGCAAGUUUCUUCUCAAGAUUUACCAAGCUGUGCAGGGAGAUGUGGGGAAGGGUAUUCUAGAGAUGCCACCUGCAACUGUGAUUAUAACUGUCAACACUACAUGGAGUGCUGCCCUGAUUUCAAGAAAGUCUGCACUGUGGAGCUUUCCUGUAAAGGCCGCUGCUUCGAGUCCUUUGCAAGAGGGAGGGAGUGCGACUGUGACUCGGAAUGUAAGAAGUAUGGCAAGUGCUGUUCCGAUUAUGAGAAUUUUUGUGGAAAAGUGCAUAAUCCCCCAUCACCAUCUUCAAAGACUGUACCUCCAGCUCCAGGAGCAUCUCAAACCAUCAAAUCAACAACCAAACGUUCACCCAAAUCACCAAACAAGAAGAAGACUAAGAAAGUUAUAGAAUCAGAGGAAAUAACAGAAGAACAUUCUGUUUCUGAAAAUCAAGAGUCUUCUUCCUCCUCUUCCUCUUCCUCUUCAACUAUUCGGAAAGUCAAGUCUUCCAAAAAUUCAGCUGCUAAUAAAGAAUUAAAGAAGAAACCCAAAGUAAAAGAUAACAAGAAGGAAAAAACUCCUAAAAAGAAACCUAACCCUGAACCACCAGUUGUAGAUGAAGAUGGAAGUGGCCUGGACAAUGGUGACGUCAAGCUCACCCCGACUCCUGACAUUCCUACCGCCCAACGCAAUAAAGUUACCACACCUCCCGAGAUUACAACAGUCAAACCGACAAAUCCAAAACCCAGUCUUCCACCUAAUUCUGAUACACCCAAAGAGACAUCUUCAACAACGAGUGAGGAGACAGCAGUUGAAACUAAAGAGACUCCUAUAACGAAUAAACAGACUUCAAAUAGAGAAAAAGAGACUACUUCACCUAAAGAGAAACAAAGUGCAGAGAAAACACCUGCUAAAGAUUUUAUACCCACAUCCAAAGCUCCUAGUACAUCUACACCAAAAGCUGAAACUACAACCAAAUCUCCUGCUCCCACCACCACCAAGAAACCUGUUCCCACUACCCCCAAGAAGCCUGCACCCACCACCAAAGAGCCUGCACCCACCACCCCCAAGAAGCCUGCACCCACCACCAAAGAGCCUGCACCCACCACCCCCAAGAAGCCUGCACCCACCACCAAAGAGCCUGCACCCACCACCCCCAAGAAGCCUGCACCCACGACCAAAGAGCCUGGACCCACCACCCCCAAGAAGCCUGCACCCACCACCAAAGAGCCUGCACCCACCACCCCCAAGAAGCCUGCACCCACCACCAAAGAGCCUGCACCCACCACCCCCAAGAAGCCUGCACCCACGACGAAAGAGCCUGCACCCACUACCCCCAAGAAGCCUGCACCCACCACCAAAGAGCCUGCACCCACCACCCCCAAGAAGCCUGCACCCACGACUAAAGAGCCUGCACCCACUACCCCCAAGAAGCCUGCACCCACCACCAAAGAGCCUACACCCACCACCCCCAAGAAGUCUGCUCCCACCACUCCUAAGGAGCCUGCAUCCACUACCACCAAAGAACCUCCACCCACAGCCCCCACGGAGCCUGCACUCACCACUCCAAAGGAGCCUACACCCACUGCCCCCAAGGAGGCUGCACCCACCACCCCCAACAAGCCUGCUCCUACUACCACCAAGGAACCUGCACCCACAGCCCCCAAGGAGCCUGCACCUACCACCCCCAAGGAACCUGCACCCACAGCCCCCAAGGAGGCUGCACCCACCACCCCCAACAAGCCUGCUCCUACUACCACCAAGGAACCUGCACCCACAGCCCCCAAGGAGCCUGCACCCACCACCCCCAACAAGCCUGCUCCUACUACCACCAAGGAACCUGCACCCACAGCCCCCAAGGAGCCUGCACCUACCACCCCCAAGGAACCUGCACCCAUGGCACCCACGGAGCCUGCACCCACCACUCCCAAGGAACCUGUACCCACAGCCCCCAAGGAACCUGCUCCCAGCAUUCCCAAGGAGCCUGCACCCAGAGCCCCCAAGGAACCUGCUCCCAGCAUUCCCAAGGAGCUUGCACCCAUGGCUCCCGCGGAGCCUGCACCCACCACUCCCAAGGAGCCUGCACCCACAGCCCCCAAGGAACCUGCUCCCAGCAUUCCCAAAGAACCUGCACCCACAGCCCCCAAGGAACCUGCUCCGAGCAUUCCCAAGGAGCCUGCACCCAUGGCCCCCAACAAGCCUGCUCCUAUUACCACCAAGGAACCUGCACCCAUGGCCCCCACAGAGCCUACACCCACCACCCCCAAGGAGCCUGCACCCACCACCCCCAAGGAGCCUGCACCCACCGCUCCCAAGGAGCCUGCACCCACCACCCCCAAGGAGCCUGCACCCACCACCCCCAAGGAGCCUGCACCCACCACUCCCAAGGAGCCUGCACCCACCACUCCCAAGGAGCCUGCACCCACCACCCCCAAGGAGCCUGCACCCACCACUCCCAAGGAGCCUGCACCCACCACCCCCAAGGAGCCUGCACCCACCACUCCCAAGGAGCCUGCACCCACAGCCCCCAAAGAACCUGCUCCCAGCAUUCCCAAGGAGCCUGCACCCACAGCCCCCAAAGAACCUGCUCCCAGCAUUCCCAAGGAGCCUGCACCCACAGCCCCCAAAGAACCUGCUCCCAGCAUUCCGAAGGAGCCUGCACCCACAGUCCCCAAGGAGACUGCUCCCACCACCACCAAGGAGCCCAUCCCCAAACUUCUCAAGGAGCCCACUCCAGCUUCUCUUGAGACACCUGCUCCAACCAACUCAGAGGGCUCUACUACAACCACCAUGGAGCCUCCCACUACUCCCAAAAACCCUGCUGAAUCAACUCCUGAGUUUCCCAAAGAACCCACACCAAAGGCUCUUGAAAACAGUCCCAAAGAACCUGUUAUACCUGUAACUAAGGCUCCUGGAGUGACCACACCUGAAAUCACUACAACAGCUAAAGACAAAACAACAGAAAAAGACAUACACAUGACACCUGGAAUUAUGGCCGCUGUACCUACAUCAACUCCGACAGAAGAAAAGACCACUGAUUCCAAAACAAGAACAACCACACAAGUAACAUCAGCCACAUCAUCCAAAAAUACUCCUCAAGCCACAACUCUUGCACCCAAAGUAAUGACUACAACAAAAAAGGCAACUACAUCUGAAGAGACUAUGAAUAAACCCGAAGAAACCACAGCUGCGCCAAAAGACAGAGCUAAUCCUAAAGUGUCAACUCCUAAAUCCCAAAAGCCAACCAAAGCACCAAAAAAGCCCACUUCUACCAAAAAGCCAAACACGAUACCUAAAGGGAGAAAACCAAAGACUACACCAACUCCCCCAAGGAUGACUACAUCGACAGUGCCCAAAUUACACCCCACCUCUUCCACAAAAAUCAUUCUCCAAACUACCACCAGCCCCAACCAAACACCUAACUCAGAAAUAGUUGAAGUAAAGCCAAAUAAGGAUGGAGAUGCUGCAGGAGAAAAACCUCACGUGAUCCUCAGGCCCCCUGUGUUAACUCCUAUAUUUAUCCCAGGCACGGAUAUCUUAGUGAGAGGAUCCAAUCAAGACAUUGCCAUCAACUCCAUGCUUUCAGAUGAGACUAAUUUAUGCAACGGUAAGCCAGUAGAUGGGCUGACUGCUUUGCGCAAUGGAACAUUAGUUGCAUUUCGAGGUCAUUAUUUCUGGAUGCUAAGUCCAUUCAGUCCACCAUCUCCAGCUCGUAAAAUUACUGAAGUUUGGGGUAUUCCCUCCCCCAUUGAUACUGUUUUUACUAGGUGCAACUGUGAAGGAAAAACUUUCUUCUUUAAGGAUUCUCAGUACUGGCGUUUCACCAAUGACAUAAAAGAUGCAGGGUAUCCCAAACAAAUUGUAAAAGGAUUUGGAGGACUAAAUGGAAAAAUAGUGGCAGCUCUCUCCAUAGCUAAAUACAAGGAAAGACCUGAAUCUGUGUAUUUUUUCAAGAGAGGUGGCGGCAUUCAGCAGUAUAUUUAUAAACAGGAACCCGUCAGAAAGUGCACUGGUAGAAGGCCUGCUAUCAAUUAUUCAGUGUAUGGAGAAACAACACAGGUUAGGAGACGUCGCUUUGAACGUGCCAUAGGACCUUCUCAAACACACACCAUCAGAAUUCGCUAUUCACCCGUCAGAGUCUCUUAUCAAGACAAAGGUUUCCUCCAUAAUGAAGUUAAAAUGAGUUUAUACUGGAGAGGAUUUCCAAAUGUGGUUACUUCAGCUAUAGCACUGCCCAACACCAGAAAACCUGAUGGCUAUGAUUAUUAUGCCUUUUCUAAAGAUCAAUACUAUAACAUCGAUGAACCAAGUAGGACAGCAAGAGUCAUUACUACUCGUUCUGGGCGGACCUUGUCCAAUGUCUGGUACAACUGUCCUUAGACCCACGGGCAAAGGAAGAAUCAACUAAUUAAAAUGAAGAAAAAAAUGAAAAAUUUUGACACUGAAACACAUUUUAUUAAUAAAGAAUGUUGAGAGAAGCAUA